AUGCCACCCAACUCCAAGAAGGGCAAGAAAAAAAGUAAAUCAAAGCAGCAUACCAAAAAGGGUACUUCUUCGGAGAUACAGGCGAAACUGUACGAUGAAGCAAACGAUUAUCCAACUUCCCGUGUGAUAAAACGGGCACCUAACGGAGAUGUCAUCGUAGAGUCUCUGCCCACUGAUGAAGAACUUGAUGAAGAUCAGAAGAAUUCACAGUCCAUGGAGUCACCAAUGGCUUUUACGUUGGAUUCGCAUUGGGAAUCACUUGAACCAGAGGAGAAGAAAAGCAUAUUGAGGAUUGAAAAAGAUGAAGUGUUUGAUGUGAUCCAAAAUUACCAGAAUAGCCACAACUGCAAUUGCUCAGUGUGUGGCCGCCGUCAUAUGGCGAUGGAUCAGGAGAUGGAGCGCAUAUAUAAUACUCUCUAUGAUCUCGACAGGGAACGGGAUCCCGAAAUAAAUCCCAUCAAAUUUCACCUGAGUAUCAUUAAGGAACUACAGAACUCCAAGGUGCAACACCAACAGGACGUCGCUUCGUGUGGAGUUAACGGAGGCAAUAAUGAUGAUGAUCAACCUGUCAGCGAGCCAGGAAACAUAAGGGACGAUGUAGUGAAGUACUUUCUGUCAUCAAAUGCAGUGGACUCCUUGAAAGAGGAAGUAAUGCAUUUUAAGCAAAACAAACAACAGCAACAGAUCCUAUCUGGACAUGGAGAAGGAGUGGAAAAUGAUGAACCUCCUACAACUCCAGUCGAACAAACUGUGGAUCCAAACAUAAUACGAACACCCUCAAUCAGUGAUGAUCUUCAUAAUAAACCAGUACAGGAAGGUGAAAGCAGAGGGAUGCCAGCUGAUAAUGAAGAAUUACAAGCGAAAUAUCUGAAAUUUGCUAAGACUUUUGUGUCCUCACACCCAAAGAUCGCCAAGGAAUAUGUCAGCCGAAUGAUGAUGUAUCCCGAUAUGCGGGCCCUAACUGAUGAUUUAAUGAAUAAUAAUGGGCAAGGAUUUGUCAAAGCUAUCGAAAGUUUCGUGGCUCAGAAGCAAGGGCAAUUGCCAGACCCCGUCGGUGCAGAAAACAGUUUUGAUGGCUUUGUAGAGGCGGCAAACAUUAAGGGACAAAGUUUGGGCGAUGCUAAAGAGUUUACGACAAUGCUACACAAUGGAAAACCCCUGACGCCUGAAGAAUACGCCAACUUGCAACGUCAUGUCGCCGACAGAAUGACCAAUUCUUAUGACGCACAAAGAAAGGAAUUCAAAGAAGUCUCUCAGUUAGAAAGAGAACUUUUUACGCGGUUCAUGUUCGGUGAAGAUAGGAAGAGAUUUGGAGAUCUCAUAAUGCAGUCAUUCAGAGAAAAAUUCGACGAUCAGUAUAGCAACGCCGCUAUCGGAGCCAGUUUGGCAGCGGCUGCGGCUACUACUGUCUCACCAAUUGAGAUGCCUGGUCAUGAUGAGAUCAACGAGGAUUAUGAUUUCGACCACGGUGAGAAUGAUGAAGAUGAGGAAGAAUUGGACAGUAACGAAUAUGACGAAUCAUACGAUGACUACUCGGACUACGGUGAUGAGGAUGAAAUAGAGCAAGGUGAUGAGGAGGAUGAGAUAAGGUCUGACUUGGAUGAAGAAAAUGAUGAUGACGAGGAGCCUGCUAGUGAAAGGAGCCACCGUUAUUGUGCUCAUGAUGCGCGUGUGGAUCAACAGCAUACCUGCCACGAACAUAAGAGCCAUGUGCAAGACAAUGGCAUACCUCAUGGGCAGCAAAAUGGCCAUUAUCAUCCUCAUCACGAGCACGACGAGGAUUUUCAUGAUGAAAAUGACAAGUACGAGAGCAGUCUGGAUGAGGCCGACCGAUUAGAGGAAGGUCGGAAAUUGAUUCAGAUUGCUAUAACGAAAUUGCUGCAGGGCAGGAUCAUGGAAUCUUAUCAUGAGAAACAGGCUGAAAAUAACAGACUAAAACUUCUUCAAGAACUAGAAGCUGAGGAACUAAAGAAGAAAGCAAAGGAAGAGAAGAAGCAUAAGAAGAGGGAAAAGGAGAAAGAGAAGAAGAAAGCUCAACAAAUUGCCAAAGAGGAAGAAAAACGAAGGAAAGAAGAAGAAGCUGAAAUGAUGAAGAAAGAAGCUGAAGAGCGCGAGAAACAAAGGCGAGAAGCUCAGAGAAAAAAAGUGGAAGAAGUCAAACGUAAAAAGGAUGAAGAGAGAAGACGUAAACUGGAGGAGCAGCGUCGCAGAGAAGAAGAACAGGAGCGACAUAGAAAGAUCAAAGAAGAGCAGAAACGCAAGCGAGAUGAGGAGAGGCGUUUGAAAGAUGAGGAAAGGAAGCGCUUAGAGGAAGGGAAACGGCAAAAGGAAGAAGAGUUAAAGCUGCAGGAACAACUUAAGCUAAAGGCGGAUGAAGAAAAGCGCCUGCAAGAGGAGCGAGCUACGGAGAAUCAAACAAAGAUGCACCUUGAUCAGGCGGUCGAUAGAAAUAUAGACGGACCAUCAUCUCAAAAGCCGCUGUUUACGUCAUUGCAGUACUCAACUCCGUCACCAAACAUGCCAUACGGGAACAAUGUUCAACCAAUGCCAUCUUACCGGUCAAAUAAUGUGAAUGAUGACAUAUUAAAUAUGGUUAGUUCUGCGACAGCAUCAAAGCCAGUUGCCUCUUCUUCGGGUCUACAAACUUUACUCGAUGUAGGGCCCGGUAUACCUCAUGAUGCCGGCUCGCAGCCGCUGGUCUCCAAUGGAGCACAGUUGUUCGGCCCGUCGAGCUUGAUGCCAACUGGCAACUAUCCUGGAGAAGAAAUGUCCUACAACAAUAUGCCUUGCAUGAUGCCACCAGUAUCCAGUUCUCGUAAUUCUGCUUCUUCUGGGCUAGGGAGUCAAAAUUUCGGCCUAUCUUCGUGGAAUUCAUAUGGAAGCAACCCCAAUCUGAUGAAGGGUUUCCAUCAAGCACCGUUAGACUUACAAAGAGAGCAACGUCAGCAUUCUGUAUCUGCGUUUGGUACAAACAAUACGCAGCCGGCAAAUGAAGAAUAUCUGGCCGAAGAAAUGAACAAUAUCGCUAAUAUGUUAUCAUCUGCGGGACUACAGGAUCCCUCCACGACCAGUCGUGCAGGAUCAUUCGGACAACUACCUCUUUGGGGCUCACAAAGAGAUCGUUCAUCGAUUUCUAUCCCAAACAGCUUAGCGCCCAGGAAUACUGGUCUAAACAUCGAUGCUAACCCAUCUUCUGAAGCCGUUUCAACCUCUGAAGCACCCAUCACUGGCAGCACAGCCCAACACAGCUCUAUUUGGGACGAAGGAAGCAAGGACACCAUCCCCACAAUCGCAGGAGAGGUCACUCCCAUGGCCAAUAAGUCAAGAUCAGCCACUUUCUCAUCUAGUAUCUGGGGUCCUACUCAUAUGUCCUUCCUAGAUGAGGCAAGCGACGUUUCAAAUACACCAACGGCACAGACUAACGUUGAAAACAAACGUAUCGACAGAGAACAAGAGAAUAAAGACAGUGUUUUCGUUGAUAGCAUUUACAAGACGUACUUGGCGUUUACUCCACCAGGUUCUCAAGACUACGUUCCAACCAACACAAUUCAUCAAAACAGUCUUUGUUGUACCUUGGAUUAUCCCUCUUUCAUCAGCUACCUAUUGAGCAUGCAUACUUCCCACAAUUGUGACCUACUGACGAGUCCAGCAGGCUCUAUCACCCACGUUAGAAUGUCAGGUCCUCAAAACGAGAAGGCUCAAAGUUCUUCCAGAGAUCGCACAGAUAGCAUGAUGAGUGGAGCAUAUUUUAAUCAACCAGAGACUUCUAUGCCUCCUCAACUCAAUGAGACAAACUCGGCGUUGGGUAAUGGACCUGCUUUUGGCCCCCAAUAUUUCAACUUACCUCAUUCCAUGAAUCAUUCAUCUUUAACAAGCAACAUAUGGGGCUAA